AUGCUGCGAAGCUUGGUGCGCUGCGCACAGCGUGCCAAGGCGCACUUGCCGACGGAUAAGAAAGGACGCUGGGCGGCGCCGCCCAUGUUUGUGGGGCACCCGGAUCCUGUAUCCAACCUGCGGCCGGUCGUCUACGGCGCGACCGAAGAGAGCCGCGCCGCGCCAUCGAAUCCGACGCAUCCAUACUCGCUCGCGGAAUUCUCGCUGCCGUCCAAGGCGGGAAAGGGUGCACGCCAUGGACUAUUUGCGCGGCACUUGGAGCGGCUCGAGCAGCGGCUCGAGGCUGCACAGCUGCAGGCGCGCCUCCAGAGUUUCUGGCUGGAUCAGUUUAAUCAGCGGUUCUGGACGGACAACAAUGUGCGGUUCCAGCGGGCAGUGGCCGAGUACGAGUCUACUUCGAAGCUGGUCGUGGGCAAGGCACCACUGGAUGAUGUCGCGCCGUUUUACCGCGAAUGGCUCGCGGUGAAUGGCGUGCGGCUGCGCAACUACAAUCGCACGCUCUGGGUCUCGACAGCGCAUGUGGUUGCGUCGCAGCUGCUUUUUGCGCUCCUGCUGCGGUACAUGCGGUGCAUCGCAUGGAUUGCAUCGGAGCACUGA